GACUUCCGUCUGAGCCAAUCCUAAAAUGGGAGGGGAUAGACCAAUACAAAAACUGACUCAGGACUGAAAAAUCUGUCAGUCUAGAAAGUGACAGAACAGACACAUGAACUUGAGAGGCAGUCAGAUGGUCCACUGGCACUUUUUCCAGAAGAUUUCCUUAUUUGAAGUAACAGUAAUUUAGUUACAGCUGUCUUGAACUUGGACACAUUACUCAUAAUAUUCACAUUGCAGUCCAGCUGUCACUGUGCUGGCAGAAGACCUGGUAGAGCGUUUUGUUCUUUCAGAACCACAGGAGGUAUUCUCCCUUUUUGUGUCAGACUGUGGCCGUGUUGUGUGACAGACUGAGCAGCAUGUCAAAGGAGGUGACUUCAGAGAGCGUAUCUCUGUGUCCUUUGAGCACAGCAGCAGCCACUGAGCAGGAGAUGCUAUGUAUCUUUGGGACGGGGGACUUAGGGCGCUCUCUGGGCCAGCGUUUUCUCCAGACUGGCUACAAGGUGGUGUACGGCAGCCGCAGACCCCACAGCUGUGGCCCAUUGCCUCCGGGAACUCAGGCGAUGAGCCAUGUGGCUGCAGCCCAAUCAGCCAGGCUGGUUUUUAUUUGUAUUCACAGAGAAAACUAUGAUUUCCUGGAGACUCUUGCACCUCAGCUCAAGGGGAAGGUCCUGGUGGAUGUCAGCAACAACCUCAAGAAGAAUAUGUACCCCGAGGCCAAUGCUGAAUAUCUGCAGCGGCUAAUCCCUGGAGCUCAGGUGGUGAAGGGUUUCAACACCUUGUCUGCGUGGGCCCUUCAGAAUGGACCUUCAGAUGCCAACAGACAGGUGUACGUGUGUGGGAACAGUCUUGAAGCAAAGCAGGCAGUAAUAGAGGUGGCUACCAAAUUAGGCUUCACUGUUCUGGACAGGGGGUCUCUGACUGCAGCCAGAGAGCUGGAGGACUUCCCUCUGCAGCUGUUCCCAGAGUGGAGGCUGCCCUUGAAAUUGGCCACUGGCCUCACUGCCUUCUUCUUCUUCUAUCUACUCAUCAGAGAUGUCAUCUAUUCGUAUGUGGUGAAUGAUAAAGACGUCUCUUUUAGAAUCAUGGCAUCCUUGGCCAACAAGGUGUUCCCCAUCGUGUCGCUCAUUAUGCUGUCUUUGUGCUACUUGCCUGGAGUCAUAGCUGCCUUCCUUCAGCUCUACAGAGGAACUAAAUACAAGCGUUUCCCCGACUGGUUGGAUCGUUGGAUGUUGUGCAGGAAACAGCUGGGACUCGUUGCUCUUGCCUUGGCUUCUCUGCAUGUGCUCUACACUCUUAUCAUCCCUAUCAGAUAUUAUGUGAGAUACAGACUGGCAGCACAUACUAUCUCACAGAUCAGGGAGAACAAAACGUCACCAUUUGAUACCACCAUGGCCUGGCGUACUGACUCGUACUACGUUAUUGGGAUUCUGGGAUUUGGCCUGUAUCUCCUUUUGGGAAUAACCUCCCUCCCUUCUGUCAGCAAUAUACUCAGCUGGAGAGAGUUCAGCUUUAUACAGUCCAAGCUGGGCUACCUGACACUGUUCUUCUGUACAUUUCACACCUACCUGUACGGAUGGGAUAAGUUUCUUCAGCCUUCAUCCUACAAAUGGUUUAUGCUCCCUGGCUACAUGCUUAGUCUGGUGGUGCCUUCUGUGGUGCUAGUGCUCAAGCUGCUUCUCCUCCUGCCUUGCGUGGACAGCACUCUCACCCGGAUUCGACAGGGCUGGGAGAGAACUGAUCCCGAGCAAGAACGCAAAAAAUUACUCCUAACAUGAGGCAAUGGCACUGCAGGUACAAAUGAAUUAUAAACACAGACGCAAGGGCAUAGAUGUCAUAGAGCCAGGAUUAUAUAAUUACAAGAAAACUGUUGAGUGUUGUAAACGUGGUACAUGUAAAAGCAGCUUUCCUUUGCCUUUGUGUUCGUCUCCAUUAGAGCUUAAUAUUUUUCCACAUGUACCUCCAGAAGUGUUACAUAAUGUAAUUUGAGAUUCUGUGUUGUGUCCUCUAUGACAUCCUUAAAAAAAAUAAAGAAAAAAGAAAAAAUACCAUCAAUCUGAACUUGCGGUGUGUAGUGGGUUAUGUUUAUUGCAUUUAUUGUUACGUAUUUGGUUCUCACUGCUUUUCCUUUGUUCUUUCUUGUUAAACACCCAUUAUGUUAAUUGUAACCAAUGUAAAUACUCUUUAAAAUAAACAACAGUGUAACAGACCAAGA